AUGAUCAUGCAAAAGAUAAUCCUUUGGUUCCUGUUAUUUAAUGUAAUAGUUGGUUUGGUUGAAUCAAAAUAUGAUCAAAAUGAAAAAUAUAAAUCAUCCAAUAGAUGUUCAAAACAUAACAGAAGUGUUAGAGAUAGUACUUAUAAAAAUGACACUAAAUGCAGUAGAAGUAAGGAGUUAAAAGUAUCUGAGGAUAAUGAAAAAAGAAUAUUGGGAAGUGAAGAAUUGAAGUAUAAUAGUAAUAUAUUUGAAGCGAGUAAUAUCGACUCUUUUAAAUAUCCAAAUAGAGAUUAUAAAUUUAAAAUAGGAGCAAAUUCUGAAUACAUCAGAUCAAUAACUUCAUUGUAUACUAUAGAAGAUGAUAUUCAUUUUGAAAAUGGUGAAUUCACUGACUAUUCAAUCGAUUUUGAUCUUGUAUAUCCUGAACAUGCAGGAGCUGUUCAUAAAAUUACAGUAGCUAAAGACUUAUUGUCAAUAUCACUUCAAAAGACACCUAAUAAAUUAGAGAAUUCUACGGACAUUUCUGGUUAUAACUCCUCAAAUCAACAAGAUAUUCAAGAUAGAUUAUCAGAAAAUUUAACUAAAUUACAGGAGUUUUCAAAAUUUCAUCCUAUCAAGCAGGAUAAAAGUCGAAAUAUCCUCAGAUCUAAUGGAUAUUUAGAGAAUUCUAGCAUUAGUGAGUUAAAUCAAUUACCUGGGGAAACAGAAGUUCCGAUAAUAUUGAAGAAAAAAAAAAGAUCUCAGCUUAUAGAGAUAGAUAAUAUUCCCACCAAGAUUUUACAAGUUUCUAAUUAUACAGAGGAUUUAAUGAAAUCCCAAAUAGUUGAGAGCAAUCAUUCAUCUGAAAUAUCAGGGAGAUUUGAAUAUCCAAUUAAAUAUAAAACUCUGAAUGAAGUUCAAGAGUUUAUCCCCAAUAUACACUAUAAUAAAUCCGAUCUAUUAGAUCAUAAUAAUGGAUCAGAAUCCUCAAAACCUAAAUCUCCAUAUAUUAUGUCUUUGGCCACAUCUAGUGUGCUUAUACUUAUCACUGCUUUGGCCCUAGUAUCAAUUCUUGCUAUAUAUUCAUUUCAGCACUGA